GAAAUCUAUGUCUCGGAUACCAGCUCCUAAUCUGUCGUUCUUAUCACCAUUAGAGUUAUCACCAGUAAUAGAUAAUCAUAAAUAAUGAUAAUAGUAUGAUAAACAGAUAAAAUUGUUUUCACUCGUCAGUCAUCACUCAUUCACAAUAUUCACUUCACUUGGUACUAAUUCUUCAGUUAAUGAAAUGUUACCGUGCGUUUCGUAUCGUCGCUACUCGCUACUGGCUCCGCAUCAGAUAAUACGUAAAUACUAAAUUUAAAAUAACAAUAUUGUUGUACUGGAAGUGUGAUUGUAGUCAUAAAUUGCUUGUAUAAUUUGUUUGCCGACGACAAGACGUGCUCGUACGAACGGUUCGUUGGUCGGUACGCUGUGUCGUCCUACACGGUUCGCCGUUGUCGAGUCGUAUCGAUUGUUUUCCGCCCCCGCAUGAUACUCAUGGAUACGACGAUAUAAUUAUUGUGAUAUUAUUAUAGUAACAACUAACAACCAUCCCGUCUUGUUGCUAAGUUAUAGUACGCUGUUUUCAAACGUAACAUUCUCUCCGACGUCGGUGAUUCUGCCGAGCUUAACAAAAACUGAUGUAAUUAUAUUGUACAUGAUACAACAGCCUACCCACUGCUACCUGCCUGCUCAGGUGUGUGUGCUGCCUACAUACUAUUAUAGACGAGUGGUUCGUUAUUUCGUUGUUGCCAUCCUUCGCGAGAUCCACUUUCCAAAAAUGGACCAAGCACAUUAUGACGAAGACAGUUAUUGAUUAAUUAUACUGAGAUGAAAAAAAUCCAAGGUCGAUUUCGGGCAGUAUCUAGAUCUACACUAUCUACUGCUCAUCUAUUCUGUUUGUAUUCGACACGAUUUCCAAAAGAAAAUGAAAUUAUUGAAUUGUUACCAUGCAUAAUAUGCAAUCGUUCAUUCCGUCCAAGUUUAUUACAACGCCACUCAGCCAUAUGCCAAAAAAAUGCUAAAAAACGUAAGGUACCAUUUGAUUCAUCUAAACAGCGUAGAAAAGGUACUGAUAUGGCAGCAUAUUUACCACAUAUGAAAAAGGCUCAAGAUGCCUAUAUUGGCAUAGAAAAUUCAAAAAAAAACUGGAAAGCUAAGCAUGAAGAGCUUGUUAGAGCUGUGAAAGCAGCACGGGGUGAAAAAGUUGAUGAAAAACUACCGACUAAACCUGUUGACUCUGAAGAAUGUCCACAUUGUGCACGGAAUUUUGGACCUAAAUCGUAUGAUCGACAUGUAGAGUUUUGCAGAGAAAAAGCUCAGAGAAUAUCUACUGCACCAGUGAUAAGUCAAGUAGCUAAAGAACGGCUUGAAGCAAGAACAAAAUACCGUGCUCCUCCACUCAAGUCACAGCGUACAGUUACUAAAGAGAAGUAUUCUCCAAAAAUUAAAAGUUUUACUCGAGAUGUUUCAAGUGUUCCAGUAAAAGCGAUACCACCAUUAAAAACUAUUAAAAAAAGAACCCCGCCAAAUAGAAAUAUUGUAUCUAAUAUCCCACGUCAAAUGUCAACAGUAGUGAAAAAGAAAGACCAAAUAUCAAAAAGUCUCUAUGGGGUUAAAAAUACAAUAUACUUGCCUCAAAAGCCAGAUCUAAAAAAUGAAAUAGUUAUGAAGAAAUCUGAAUCGGCCCAUAUCCUUAGUUCUCAAAAUCACAUAAAACAAGGAGUUAAUAAGAUGGUCAAUAAUUUUGACAAAAAAAAAAUUUCAAAGUCCCAACCACAUUUAGAUAUUUACAACCCUUGUUUGGAUAGCUACGAUCCAUUUAAAUCAGCUGAACAACAAAUGAAAGAACUCGAUCUAGACAUCAACAUAAUUGACAUUGGUCUUAAAAAUCCAUUAAAUAUUACCACAUCUGAUAAUAUAGAGAAUCUUCAAUUGUCUCCAACAUCUGCAUUCGUUAAAUAUUCACCAGUCUCUCCUUUAGUAUCGUCUCCAGAUAAUAUUGAAAACGCAUUUCCCAAUGAAUUUCAGUCUGACACUAAUCUUAACAGUCAUCCUCUACACAAUCUAAGCAAUUUAAGUUUGUGUUCUAUUGUUAGUAUUGAAUCAGCUGAUUUUAAUAAUAAAACUCAUAGUGCUAUAGUACGAGGUACAGAUCAUCCAAAAAGUCCUACAAAACGAAACAUCUCUCAUAAUCAUAAAAAACAUAUAGCUAUUGAAAAUAUGCUUUAUGGUGAUAAUGAAAAAGAUAAAUCAAAUCUCAAUUUUGAUCUGGCAGAACAAGAACUUUUAAAAUCUGUGUCGGAAUUUGAAAACUUGUUGAAAAUAACAGAUGAUGAUGAUAUAGUAUCACCAUCUUUAAAUAGAACCUCUGCCCUUAGUAUGGUCAACGGAAUUAAUUCCAAUAGCAGUGCUGAUUCAGCUUACGGAAGCUUGAACAGAAAAACUGAGCAGGCGACGACAGACAAUUAUCUUACACUGCUAAAAGCUGCUAAAUUUUGUCAUGAAUGUGGAUUCAAAUAUCCAAUUGUUGAUAUUAAAUUUUGUACUGAGUGUGGAAUGCGGCGCAUUGUAUCAUGAUCAAGUUGCUUCAAUUUGAAUAUUUAUGUUUUAUUGAGGGUAUUAAGAAAAUGUGUUGAAUUUGUAGUGUAGAAUAUAUUUUAAUAUUUUUAUACUUAUAUAAUUAUAAAUUAUAAUCAAUAAGCUAACAAAAGUUUUUAAUAAUUAUUAUUAUAUA